AUGCAAAACAUGCAAAGUGGCAUAAAUAAAUCGGAAAAUGACAGUAAGUUUUCAAAUGCACAUCACAUACACACACAAACAGAAGACCUUUUCAAAGAUAUCAUAAAGGUAUUCGGUAAAAAAGGGAAAAAAGAUAAGCGAUACACGCUUAAAGCUUACACGGUAAAAUUGCAGAAAUUUUAA